UUAUGACGUCACCUGUACGCGACAGAGAGACAGCCACCUAGCUACGCAGUUGUUUGCUUUAUCGGAUUUGUUGGAAUUUUCCACUACGGAGUUUGUUUACAAUCUAGUUUAGAGUACCGUGUAGACUGGCGGAUAAUAUAUCAAAACAAAACUGGGACGGAGCAUUUCGAGAUAUACUUGCGAUCUCUCCGGGGCUACGUGUCGCAGUUCAUCCGUUUUUUUGUUUUGGACUUUGGGGAGCGGAUGGGGUUAACUAGCUGUUAGCAUCGUUCGGUUAGAUAAGCUACUGGAGCCCGGAGCGGGGUUAGCCUUUAGUAGUUGAGAUGGAGUUUCUUGGAGGACCAGGUGCAGUGGUGGUGAGCGGUGGUAACGUCCCGGCCUUUCUUACUAAACUGUGGACCCUUGUGGAAGACCCGGAGACAGACCCUCUUAUCUGCUGGAGCCCGAGUGGAACCAGCUUCCAUGUUUUCGAUCAGUGUCGGUUCUCUAAGGAGGUUCUACCAAAGUUCUUCAAACACAACAACAUGGCCAGCUUCAUUCGACAGCUCAACAUGUAUGGUUUCCGUAAGGUGGUGCACAUCGAGCAGGGCGGCUUGGUGAAGCCUGAGAAAGAUGACACAGAGUUCCAACAUCCAUUUUUUGUCAAAGGGCAAGAGCACCUGCUGGAGCACAUCAAACGAAAAGUCACCAACGUGUCAUCAGUCCGUCAAGAAGAAAUGAAGAUCUCGACAGAUGAAGUCAACAAAAUCCUGAGCGACGUUCAGCUGAUGAAGGGAAAACAGGAAACCAUCGACUCCAGGAUCAUCGCCAUGAAACAUGAGAAUGAGGCUUUAUGGAGGGAGGUGGCCAGUCUGAGACAGAAACAUGUGCAGCAGCAGAAAGUUGUCAACAAGCUGAUCCAUUUUCUGGUGUCUCUUGUCCAGACCAACAGAAUCAUGGGAGUCAAGAGGAAGAUACCUCUGAUGCUCAAUGACUCUAGCUCCGCCCACUCUGUGCCGAAGUACAGCCGAUCCCUGACGCUGGAGCACAUUCAGAACGCAGCCGCCAAUCUCCUCUCACCGGAUUCACCGCUGAAUUCUGGACCGAUCAUCUCGGACAUCACAGAGGAGGCGCCGUCCUCCCCAGAGGACACCACCACCGACUGGACCGACCUGGAAGAGAACCACACGACUUUUAUCAAGGAGGAGCCUUCCAGUCCCGAGGUGGAGGAGUGUCCUGUUCUGGAGGUGGAGCAGGAUUCACUCCCAGCAAACGUCGACACGCCUCUGUCCCCCACCACCUUCAUCAACUCUAUCCUUCAGGAGGAAACGCCGCUGCCGCAGGUCACCUCCUCCCCCUCCUCACGCCGGUGUCUCUCCCUCUGGUUGUGUCCCAGGUGCGAACUCUCCGAUCACGUCGACAGUAUUGACAACGGUUUGGAAAACCUGCAGGGUAUUUUGAACGCUCAAACCUUCACCUUUGACCCGUCUCCCCUGAUGGAGUUCUUCAGCUCAUCCAUUUCCUCUGCAGACUUCGACAUUGAAAGUUUGGAUAAUCUGCUGUCUGACGAAGCCCCUAAAGAAAGUGAAGACAGAACAGGGAAGCAGCUGGUGCAGUACACCGCCACGCCUCUCCACCUGACUGAGCCGGUGGUCCUGGGGGAGGACGACGCCGACCUCCCGUCCCUCCUGGAGUACGAGACGGAGCCGCUGUUCAACUCUGAGGCGGCCGGCGACGACCCGCCCGACGUCCUGCUGAGCCCCUCCCAACUGGACUCUAACCUCUAAUAUCCUGAAGAAUGUAAUGACUCCUCAGUAACAACACGACACUGGGCAGCAGCUCAGCAGCAGCAAUAGACGACGACGAAGAAAUCGAUGGGUUGUAGAUCAAUCAUUAGGUCAAAUGUGAUGUUUUUAUCAGGCAGACGUUAUUAAUCAAUAUUAAUCCAUUUCUAUACUUUAGGAUUUUUAUUUUAGGUUUUAUUUUUCUGUUUGCCACCUAAAUUGAAACCUUUCUUUGUUGCUUGUUGUAAAAAAACAAAACAAAAAAAAAGCGAUGAAAAGUUUAAAACAAACAAACCGGGGUCACAUGCGCCUCUGGUGUAUUCACGGAGCGAUCUGGAGGCGGUCGCUCAGCGCGUGACGUCGGGAUCAUGUGACCCCGGUGAGCGCCGCGUUGCAUGUUUAAGUCACAUUUGAUGGCUGUAUUUGUUUUCACGUGUAUAAUUUAAACAUGAAGAAGAGGAUGGGAAUAUUUUCGGAAGAGUUUAUUGCAGAGUGUUUAUCCCCCCUCCUGUUGUUUCAUCAGACAGGAACGCUUCGGUCCAGACCUUUCCUCCUGAGGUUUCCUGCGUGUUUUCUAACGCCGGACCCGAUUAGGCAUGGGCCGCUCCGACACAUCUGACGGUGUGUGAACGAUGCUACAGUGUCACUGUAUGUACGCAAACCUGUACGACACGAUGAGUCUGCAAAUAUCCCUACUGCUACUAAAAUUGCUGUUAUGUUAUCAGCAAAACUUCUUGAUUAUUUUGGAUUUUUAUACUUAGAUUUAAGCAGAGCUGUAGAAUAAAACACCUGGUUGUUUUAGUGAUUUUUGAAAUGCUUGUUGUGCUGAAUAUUGUAGCUUUUGUCUGCGUUUUUGCGAGUGGAAAGUGGAAAGGAUGCAGGAGUUUUAAGUUUUAAUAGAUGGCCAGGACAGCGCAGCAAUAAGUCAGAGAAAAUUCUGGUCUCUUUGGUAUUUUCUGAGCUUUUAGGAAGGAACAAAAUGACGGAAAAUCCCAACGRUUUUUGGGUCUGCGGCUUUUUAAAAAACCUUGGUGGACUCUGAUACCGGUAGCCGGCCCAUGCCUACUCCUGACAGAGCUGGAGCUUCGACAGAAACUUAUUAAAGUAUCUCCAAAAUAAAAAGAUGGAAAAACUUUUAACAWGAGGUUUGUUAUGCUGGAGAGUCUUGACUGGACCACUUGCUCACAGAAAACAAGUUAAAUCACUGUUUGGUUUUCCUAGAAGGUUUCUCUGUCUGGUCUAAAACACAUUAGUUUGCCGCAGCUCCAUCAGUUUUCUACAUUUUGGAUCCAUUUUUCCCCAAAGUGAGUUUAGAGUGGGGGCAUUUCUGUGUAACGGUACUUUCGUUGGGUCCAGUGUUGCCAGAACCAGAUCAGAUUUAUGGCAAAAACUUACUUCAGGACAUCAGGUGUCGCGUUUCAGUUUUARUGAAACAAAUCCGAGAUUGUUUUUACUCGCAGUCUCAAGCGUGGAUUCACCUUUUAUACUCACUUUUGUUUUAUUUGAAUAAACUUCCAACUUCAGCUGCGGAAGGUUAUCAGAGCUCAAAGUGAAGUUAGUUUUAUUUAAAAUGUAAAAAUGUAUAAGGAAAGCUUGGCUGGGAUUGUGCAGGUUUAAUAUAUUACAAUAGCAAAGAUGUGUGUUUGAAACAAGGGCUGCACAUUAAGAAAACAUGAUUGCAACUUCACUGAAGAAUGUAUGCCACAUUUUCCUCACUUUUAACUUCUCCAUCAACCCUCCACUGUCUUUCUGGAGGUUUAGCCUCAAAAUGUGGAAAUACUACAACUGAACAAAUGCAAAUCUUAACUUAAUUAUUGAAAAGUUAGUUCACUUCAUAAGGAUAAACUCAUGAGUAUCCUUUACACACACACAGAUACAUUUCCAAUGGCCAACAUCUAACGGAAAACAAAAUUCAGGUUCUGAGAAUAUUAAAUUACAAUUUUAGAAAAAGGACGUUUCAUUCUGAAAUUCAGACAAACUGAAAYGUCUGCAGUCAGUGGCUGGUUGGGACUUAUUUGCAUGAAUUACUGCAUCAAUGCAGCGUAGCUURGAGGCACUGAUGAUGUUUUAAACUUGGUUUUCAGCUCAUCUGGUAUUUCAUCUCCAUCUUGACUAAACCCGGUAGAUUCUCUGUGAGGGUGAGGUCAGUUUGCAGAUGUUUUAAUKACUAAUUAUCAAUGRUAUUUAAGUUUUGCAGCAGAUAAAAUCAUUGAGUUCUCUGAAAUUAAUCUCACUCUUGAUUAGACUUUGCUUCUCUUCCUUAUUACACCUGUAUUAGUUUAUGUUGCCCAKGCACCUUCUACCAUACUUUUUCCCUCCACCCAACUUUCCAGUUUUAGAUUUGAUCAACAUAAUAUUUCUGGAUUAAAACUUUCUGUUGCUCUUCUGUAACAUUCACAUUUKCAGAGAACCUGAAUUUUGGGAUUUCAUUCGCCGUAAGCCACAAUAAUCUCAAUAAAAGCUCUUUAAGCAAAUCACUUGCUCCAUACGAAACAAAAAUAUAGAUCAUAAAUGAUAGACUUGAUUUAUACUUUUUAGAWGAUUUAAUCUGACCUACAAUAAACUCAGAUUAAAUGUAUCAAGCACAAGUCUCUGACAGKGAGGUGACUCCUGAUGUCCUGAUGCGUCGGUCCUCAGAUGGUUUGUCAGACGCUGUACAGACACGAAGCUCUGCCAUGUAAAACCCGCAGUGAAUAAUAUACUUUUCAUUUGAUUUUUGAGUUUAAUUCCAACAAACAAGCCAUCCAUCUUUAAUUUUCUUGACGGCUCUCUACGUGUUGGGAAGAGGAGGGUCGAAUGUUGAAGUAUUCUGGUUGCAAAACUUUUGUUCAAUAAAUUGUUUUAAACACA